AUGGGAUUCUUCGACCACCUCCAGAAGAAGGGAACAGGUGUGAUCCAGGCACAGAAAGCUCAGAUCCGAAAAGUAGAGUGCAAACCGACCGUUAUCCGGUCCUCGUCAGCUCCCUCGCACAGCGCGAAACCUCCCUCUGCCCGCGCGCAUUCUGAAUCCUCCGCCAAACGGACCGUUACCUCCCCGCGGAAACCGACCCUAUCUGACUCUACCGGACAUGUCAAGAAGAAAUCCACGUUGCCCAACAGCUCUGACCUGCUCGCCGUUAACACGCCACGCUCGAGAUCUGUGUCCCGGAAACGGUCCUCCCCCGCAGUGCAGCAACUCGUUAGCAGCAGUGAGGACAGUGAGAGCGAUGAGUCCUUGGAUAUCCGGCUGACGAAGAGGACAAAAGUGAGCGCAAGCGCGGAGCCGGAUUUGGCACGGCGUAUACGCUCCGAGGCUGCGUUUUCGGAGGCUGGAGAACGGUCGUUUCCUAUGGUUCAUGCUGCAGACAUAGCGUCGAUCGACAAGAAGUCGGGCGGGUUCAAGAAUGCGUUCAAAGAGCCUCAGGGAUGCUCGUCAAUAUCGCUCCAGUACCCUACCUACUCGCAGAGAGAGAAGUAUCAGCUGGUCAUACCUCGUGAAAACGAUGGGUUUAAGCCGCUGGAGGACAUCGUACAGGUGGUUGAGACUGUAUCACACAAUUAUAUUCCCGAGGACCAGAUAUCGCUCUUCACCGACGAGUCCAGCGGGUUUAUCCGUCUUUUACGACGUGCGAUCAAGCAGGAAUCGGUCGUCGAGUUCAAGGAUACGCUUAGGGCAUAUAACAAGGCGAUCGAACGCUUACGGAACGAAGGCGCCAUCUCCAAGCAUCUCGAUGCGACCCAUUCGCUGUCUCUGCCGUGGGUAGAGCGAAUCUUGACCCAGGUAUAUAGUCGAACGGUCUCUCUGCGCGUGGAAUCACUCAAGAAGUAUGAGAACGGGACAGACAACGUUUACGGAGAACUCCUACCCCGCUUUAUCUCAGAUAUUUUUCAAAAGACGCAUUUAAAAUCCGACCAGGUAUUCGUCGACCUGGGCUCUGGGGUGGGCAACGUCGUCCUCCAGGCGGCUCUGGAAGUCGGCUGUGAGAGCUGGGGCUGCGAAAUGAUGCAGAACGCGUGCGACCUGGCGCGGCUCCAGCAAGCUGAAUUUAAAGCCCGCUGCCGUUUAUGGGGCCUUUCGUCGGGCAAAGUCCAUCUGGUCCAGGGGGACUUCCUGGACAACGAGCGCAUCGCCAAGGCUCUACGAAGGGCCGAUGUUGUUCUCAUCAACAACCAGGCAUUCACCCCGGAGACCAAUAAUAAAAUAAUCAACCACCUUCUUGACCUGAAGGAGGGCUGCCAAAUAGUCUCGCUCAAGUCCUUUGUUCCAGCAGGACAUAAAAUGCAAGCCCGGAAUCUCAACUCACCGAUCAACUUGCUUUCAGUUGAGAAGCACAAUUACUGGUCUGACUCCGUUAGCUGGACCAACGCUGGAGGUACAUAUUUCAUUGCCAAUAAGGAUAGCUCGAGAUUACGAGCGUUUACUGAUACCCUUUUAUAA